GGAAGAAUGGCCGAACUGACGGUUUGCUUGUGGCUCAAAAUAGAGAGGAUCACAUGUGUUGGUUCGGUGCCUCCCGAGUGACCGAGUGCAGGGGAACUACCACAGCCCGGAGAACCAGAGUCCAGAGACGUAGCGAUCAACAACGUAUUGAUUGGACACCGAUGAGAUGGAGCGGGGCGAGCUGCGCCAUGGCGCCAAGCGUGGGGUUUUCUUCGAUUUCGACUCGACGAUGACGACUCCCAUCAAGCUUCCCCGCUUCCACAGGCACGCGAUCGCCGACAGCCCCGAGAUCUUCGCGUCAAUGACUCCGCAGGAGAUCUUAGCAAACUUUGGUGGUCGCCCACGGCUUCAGCGCAUGGGGAAGCUCCUGCAGGCUCUGACCGAAGCUGGCUGCGAAUUGCUUCUUGACGCUGACUGCGCCGUACACGUCAUUUCUGCGGAUGAUCCGGUCUCGCCGCGUGAGACCCUUUUUCUUAGGCGCUUAGGAACGGGGCUCGAGACGGUCUGGAUGUGGCGAAUGGCCCGAUGCGUGCGUGCGAGGAACGGUCUG